AUGUCCACCAAAGGCAAAUACCCAGAAGCCGAGCAGAGGAUGGACCCCUUCGAGGAAAAGCUGCGGAGGCUGAGGGAUUCCUUCAACACAGGGAAGACAAAGUCAGCCAAGUUCAGGACUGAACAGCUACUGAGCCUGGGCCACUUCCUGCAGGACAAUAAGAAGCAGCUGCAUGAUGCCCUGACUGGAGACCUGGGCAAGUCAGCCUUCGAGUCAGACAUGAGUGAGAUCAUCCUGUGCCAGAAUGAGGUGGACCUGGCCCUCAAGAACCUGCAGACCUGGAUGAAGGAUGAGUCUGUGUCCACCAACUUGCUCACGAAACUGAGCUCAGCCUUCAUCCGGAAGGAGCCCUUUGGCCUGGUGCUUAUCAUGGCACCCUGGAAUUAUCCUUUGAACUUGAUGAUCGUGCCCCUAGUGGGGGCCAUUGCUGCAGGGAACUGCGUGGUACUGAAGCCGUCAGAGAUAAGCAAGAACACAGAGAAGGUGCUGGCCGAGCUGCUGCCCCAGUAUUUGGACCAGAGUUGCUUUGCUGUGGUGCUGGGUGGGCCCGAGGAGACCGGGCAGCUGCUGAAACAUAAAUUUGACUAUAUCUUCUUCACGGGAAGCUCUCGGGUAGGCAAGAUCGUGAUGGCCGCUGCUGCCAAACACCUGACGCCCAUCACCCUGGAGCUGGGGGGUAAGAACCCCUGCUAUGUGGAUGACGACUGUGACCCCCAGACCGUGGCCAACCGUGUGGCCUGGUUCCGCUACUUCAAUGCUGGCCAGACCUGUGUGGCCCCCGAUUACAUCCUGUGUAGCCAGGAGAUGCAGGAGCGGCUGGUGCCGGCCCUGCAGAACGCCAUCACACGUUUCUAUGGAGACAACCCACAGACCUCCCCUAACCUGGGCAGAAUCAUCAACCAGAAACACUUCAAGCGUCUCCAGGGAUUGCUGGGCUGUGGCCGCGUGGCCAUUGGUGGCCAGAGCGAUGAGGGAGAACGCUACAUUGCACCCACAGUGUUAGUGGACGUGCAGGAGACAGAGCCUGUGAUGCAGGAGGAGAUCUUCGGGCCCAUCCUGCCCCUGGUGACUGUGAGGAGCCUGGAUGACGCCAUUGACUUCAUUAACAGGCGGGAGAAGCCGCUGGCACUGUAUGCCUUCUCCAACAGCUGCCGGGUGAUUAAACAGGUCCUGGCGCGGACCAGCAGCGGGAGCUUCUGCGGGAACGAUGGCUUCAUGCACAUGACCCUGUCCAGCCUUCCUUUUGGAGGAGUGGGAUCGAGCGGGAUGGGCAGGUACCACGGCAAGUUCUCCUUCGACACCUUUUCCAACCAGCGUGCCUGUCUGCUGCGCAGCCCGGGGAUGGAGAAGCUUAAUGACCUCCGCUACCCUCCUUACAGUCCCCGUAACCAGCAGUUGCUGAAAUGGGCCCUGGGCUCCCAGAGCUGCACCCUUCUAUGAGCCCCACCCUGACUCCCCCCUGCGGCCCAGCCCCUGACCUACCUGAGCUUUCAGCUGCUCCCACAUCCCCAGUGGUCCCCGAAAGGCAGGUGUCUGCCUGUGAACACCCCACUUCUGGAACUUUUUCUGAACAGACCUGCAGCCAGGCAGGACCUCCAGGUGGCUGGUCCAAUCCCUUCCCAGAGCACAGCCCCCUCAGCAGCCUCCUGACCCUCUGUUUAGACAGGUCUGCUGACAGAGAAGCCCCCUCCCCAAGGCUGGGAAGAUCUGGUGACUGAGGAAGACUUCCUUUGUCAGAUCAUAGACAGGGUCCCAAAAGACAGAGCAGAGUGGCCCACAGCUCCAUCCACACCCGGAGGGUGGCUUUGUCCCAUCUGAAGUGACAUGAUCUUGAACCCAGG